AUGGAAAUGCUCGCGAUUGCCCAAUGCUUCAGUUUAAUUCCCGUGGGCGGGAUUCAGGCAGCCAGCGCCGAGGGAUUGUAUAUCAGCAGGGGCAGCUGGCGCAACAGCAUUUUGUGGUGCUCGUAUCGCUUCCUGCUGCUGGCACGGGUGUGGCCACCUCUAAUGCCAGCCUUUUUCCUACUGAGCAUUAUAUCAGCCGUUUCCUUUGACCUUUGUCCUAAGCGAAAGGAUCCGUUUGAAUCACGUCUUUGUCUUUUUUGUCUUGUCGUUUUUUCCGUCUCGCAGCUCUUCUAAGUGUUUGCCUACUUGAAUUGGUUGGGCUGGCUGACUAAACUGCAGAAUAUCCUGCUCACGUUUGGUGAUGCAUUCUUAAUGAUUUUGGGGUUCGGUUUGAGCGAGCAUAUCUGCAGGCUAAAUUGUAAUUGUGAUUUUUAGCCCAUGCCCGAAACAUUUCGGAUAUAUGUGCACACUGCUUAUCCCUCCAUUGUGGAGCUUAUCGAUAAGGUGCACGUUGCUGUCUCGGGCAUUAUGCUCAUAUCCUUUGGUAGCAAUUUGUAUUUUGUAUGCCUGCAGCUGCUAAUAACUUUCCAUAAUUACAAUUUUAAGCCAAUAAUAUCGGACGCUCGGCUGCGGUUCUCCGGUUCGCCUCGGUCGCCAGAGCCGGUCCGCCAGCUGCGACUGGUGUCGGCGGAGGGAUAUCAUGAGGUGGUGUAGCGUCUUGUCAGCGAGCUGUCCAGCGAUACUGUCGCACUCGGCGGCCUCAGGUGUUACAGCUCCACCAGGAAACUCUUUCUGGCAGUCGAUGGCAACAUUGUUACCAAUGAGCUGGUACUCAUUCAGUUUUACGAGGAUACCAGCCGCCCACCAACAAGUCCGCUCCACAGCAAAUGCUAUCGCAGAUUGAACACCCUUUCUGGCAGUUAUCAAGUAUACGUAUAUCAACCGAAACUUUAUAUUACAACUACAUAUAUGCUAAUUUAG